AAUUUGUUCUAGAUUUAAAAAUCAUUUGUGGCAUCACUAGUAUAGUUAGCUCCAGUUGAGGGUGAUUUUGCAUAAUAUGUGGAUGUGGAGAGAAAAUGCUUAGUUGCUGAGAAAAUGGAGAGUAUAGGUGGGUGCAGAUAAGUUGAAGAAAAAGGUAUUUUGGUAAUUAUAAUUUCUACAUAAACUUAGUUUUUAAAACGUAAGAACAGUGAGCUAAUUUUUUUUUUUGUAAUUAUGCAUUUGGAGGUGCCACUUGAAUUGACCUUAGUACCCUUCAAGUGAUUGACAAAUGGCAAAACCGCCAACAACCGCCCACCAGUCAUGCUUUUUCUGCCUAUGACCACUUACUCGCGCGCAUGGAGCGUGGCCCGUGGCGACAUUCAAAAAUCAAAAGAGUUCCCUGGACUCACCUUCCCAACUCAUCGUAAAGCAACAACCAAACACACUCCUCUUCACCUCUCCGCCAAACUCGAUCUCCGGCCAUGUCGUCGGGCGAGGUUCGUGAUGAUUCCAAACUGAUUGAAUUGAAGGAUGAAUCCGAUUUCGAAAAAGUUCUCUCUCCCGACGGUGGUCUUGGUCUUCUCUCCGUCUGCGGCUUCGGUUCUCUGCUCUCAGAGAGAAGUGCGAGGAGCACAUUUCCGGAUCUGAUGAACUUCAGAGUUGCGAGAUUGAACAGCUUUCGACGUGUCUUCGCUCAUGUUGCUCCAAUUUUUUUUGAGCGCGGCAUCGCCAAACCAGAAACCAUGGAGAUUUCAAGCUUGAGUGUGGAGCCUUGUGAAGGGGAAACCCUUAUAGUUACUGUAUUUGAGAUUCAAAGAUCUGAGAUUCCAUCUUUUAUCAAGAGGGAGCAUGAGUUUCGAUUCUUAGCUGUCUUCCCUGAAACAUUAGAUGGGAAGCUCUUUACUACUCCAGCGGUACUUUGUGCUCGUUACAGUGAUGAGGAAUUUUUCCAGAAUAGAUGCAAAGGAAGUAAGGAGAUAUAUUUUCAGCAAUAUGGCCGCCAUAACAUCCAUAAGAUUUGGCGAGAUGAUGUUUUACCUUGCCGUGUUUAUCUUCGACACUGAAAACUAUGCUUCAAUAUGCUGCUUUUCAUAUGCACGCUGUUUGCAAUGCCAACUUUGUUGACAAAGUGAAGGUCGUUAAAUACUCUGUAGUGUGUUGGCUGCAAAGAAUCUAAGUGACGCAGCUUACAACAAUUUUCUAGAUCACACUUUCCUGGCGGACCGUAAAACAACCAUCCGUGAAUACUUGGCCACAACAGGUUCAGGCAUCAUGGAAGAGGAGCCUCCGGAAUCCCUCAGGGCUCGCUAUGGUGGUUGAUUUUAACCAGUCCGCUAAAUUUGGUAUGGGAAUAUGAUACCAACUUUCUGUUACUUUCUGAAGUUUUGUUUCAAAUUGACCUUUUUGGUCAUUAAAAUAUUACUAUUUUGGUCCUCUUCUCAAACUAUCGUCGGCGUCUCAAACUAUUGUUCAAAAUGGCCCCUUUACCAUAUAUUUUAUUUUUGUUUUUUCUUUUUAAAUUUAUUUCAAACUGCAUCUUGAAAUUACGGUUUAUUACAAAUAUAAAAACCAUGUCUUGAAAGUAUGAUUUUAAUAUACAUUUAGAAACACUUUAAUACAGCAAUUUCUAAUUCAUAUGGAAGCCUAAAAUACGGUUUCAAACUAAUUUUAAAAAAUAUAUAUUUUGGACAAUAGUUUCAAAAGAUGCUAUGAGUUAUAUCAUGCACGUAAAAUGGGCCAAUUGACCCCAAAUUCUACUUUUGGCUUAUUGUCAACAUUUAGCAUGGGAAUUUGAAAGAAAGGAAACUUUCUCGCGACUCUUUUUUUCCUUCUAGUUGGUUGAAUGGUGAGUUGGGAGUGAAUCGUGAAUCUUCUAAUAUGUCUUGCCCUUGCCUCCAGGUGGGAGAUACUGUAUACCAUAGGAGGAAGACUGAGUAAAUUGGCUCCACUGGUAUCAAAUUAAUCUCCUUGAAAUGGAUCUGCAAAACACACCCGCCAUUAGUUGAAUCAUUUUAGUUUGUAUCAUUUAAUGCGAAUGAUAUUUAAGUUUAGAAUAAUUGAAACAUGCUGCCAAACACACUCGAGCAAGAAUUUGCCUGAGUUGGAUUCUCUCUUUUUUUUCUUUCUCUGAUUGACAUGCAGCCUCAAGAAACAGUUGAAUUCUACAAUUGGAUUCAACAGUCGGUAAGAAUCGUGCCUUGUCAAUAUCCACACUUUGACAUGAUCAAACAUACACUGACGAUCAAAUUUUUUAUCUAUUGAUAUCCUGUAAUCCCUUUUCAAGCUGGUAAAAAAAAUAAGUGGAGUCUACAAUGAAUCAUCAAAGACAAAACCUGUUCGUUUUUCUCAAACACGGGUAUAUCUUUCUUCACUAUCAUCUUGUUGCUUUUUUCUUUUUUUCUUUUUCACAUAACAUAGCUACUGGCUUCCUCAUUUUCCAGUUCCCUGAUUAGCAAUUCCAUCAUCUUCUUAUACAUAGGCAUAAAAUGAUCUUUAAUCAUUGUCUUUGAGAGCCGGAGCUUACUGUACAGAUUCCUAGGUGUCUCAUAAAUAGCAACAUGUUCUUCAGCAGGGCCAGCGCCAGUGUCAUUGUCAACUGAAUCAUUGUCAUUUGAUGGGGGCAUAGAAAUAAUAUGCAUAAUCCUGCCAGGUGGAUAGAAGUGCAGGCUCUCCGAAACAUCAGAGGAGUUGGGCGUUUUGCUCUCAACUGCAUCAGCCAACAUGUUCUCCUCUUCAGUGAUUUCUAUAACUGCAGCCGCUUCUUCCUCCUGAGCCUGAACAUCGGGUUCGUCCUCCUGCCUCUGGAGCUCCUUCUCCAGUUCAUACCACAGCUCACCAUCGGUGAUGUCUUCUGUGGUGGCUGUGGUAACUUCUCUAUCACCUGGGAGGAGUGUUACCUCUUCAUCUGUGUCGUCAUUGCCUGAUCCACCACUGGAAGAGCUGCAUUCCGCUUUAUUUACAACUGAGACUCUCGUUCCCACUUCAGUCACAAGGGAUUCAGAUGUUACCUCAGAAGAUAUUAGAGAAGCCUCAGGCAAAUCCUCUUCUUUAGGGCUUGGUAGUGAGCCCACAUUGCGGCGACGUGCACCCAUGCAAGACCAUGAUGACAGAGAUGAGCGGGUCCUGACAACCGCCUCAGUGACAUUCUGUGUCACAACCUGCAAUUUGCCAAAAAAAUACUCAGGUCAUGUUAAAGAGAGACAAGAUGACCAAGAAAUUAAACAGAUAAAGGUGCAUGUUAGGUAUUUUUAGACUCAGAAAAAAAAAAUAAAAAAUGAGUCAUGUGCAGUUCAGACAUCAGAA